GUUUGGCAAAGGCUUUAGAUCCAAACAAACAAACUAACUUGAAAUUGAUUUGCAACUUGCGCUUCAAGCGAUCCAUUCAGCUUGCAGGCAUGGCCACUCCGCAAGUUACCUCCGUUCUACCCGUCACAACAGAUAUGCAAUUACAACAAUCUUCAUCUGCUACACUUAAUGAAGAUAUAACAUCAAAUGGCACUUUCAUUUAUCCUCAAUCUCAUACACGGUCCCCUCCGAGUCCAUUGACUGCCACUUCGAAUAGCAACCAAACUACUAUAGGCAUGGGGCCGAUGUCUGGUUCUAUACAUAAUGGCGCAAAUUUGAUUCUAGAUCUCAUUAAGACUGAAAGACAACAGGUUUUCGAGGUCGGCCAGCGAGAGAUGGCACACAUUCAGCAACAACAUAGCGAGUAUCGCGCAUCGUAUUCGAAAGUGAUUCUGGAAGAAUCAAUCAAGCGACGUGAUGCUGAGGACAAAGUUGUGUACCUCUCAACCGAACUGGCCAGAUAUACCAAGGGGGCCACUGAAGUACAGAAUAUCGCUUUGCAAGCUAGAGCAGACGCAACUGUGGCGCAUAAUACCGCUUCUGAAGCUGAAAAAGCAGCAGAUGAAGCUCGCAGCCACCUCAUGGCGGUCCAGGAUGCGCUUCAGCAAGUUGGAAUUACUGUUAGUCGAGAUGACUCUGUAGCAUCCAACACGCCGAAGAUAAUCUUGGGUACGCCAUGGCUCGAACUCAUCCCAUCCCAAAUCCAUAGCUCAGAUACACCACUCCCCGAUUCCUCCAGUGUCCCAGACGACAAGCCGGGUUCUUCCCCUUCCCAUACCCAGCACCUCGGCUCGCCAUCAAAAUUUAUCUCAUCUAUUAGAGAACACGUCAGUUACCUCAGCGAUACCUUGACUGCCGCCCAAAACAGCUGCAAAGAUCUUGACUCCCAACGCAAUCAGCUCCAGAGCGACCUCCGUAUGCUGUGCCACGAUCGAAACGAGUUUGAAAGCUUAAAGAAGGACAACGCGGAGUUGCUUGGCCAGUGGAAAACUAAACUUGCGAAAUUGGAAAAUGAGAUACAAUGGUUGAAAGUAGAGCGAGAUGACGCAAUCAAGGCCGAAGCGGAGGCUGCCAUUGCACGUGAAGAGAUGAGGAGCACCUCGGCAGCUAGUGCAGUCGCUCUCAAAUCCACGUUCGACCAGCUCUUACAAGAUCAACAACGUCAAGCCGAGGCGAACGCUGAGAAGGUUCGGAUAGCACUGGGGGACUCUAUUGAAACCAAAUCUAUGCAAAUCCGUGACCUACAGAGCCGGCUCAUACAGCUUACGGCCACUGUAAAUGAAUGGGAAGGUAAAUACGAUGCAGUCACCGAGGAGCGUGACUCCCAGAAGCAGCUCCUGGUCGCUGAACGGCAGAAAUACAAAGAAGCAAGCUCUAGCCAAAAGGAACAGAUAGAUGAUUUGCAGAAACGACUGGAAACUAGUGCCUCAGAGGACGUCAUAAUGACCAAGGUAUUACGAAUAGAUGAGCUUGAGAAGGAACUGGCCUCACUCCGGGCACACUACGCGAAGUCGAUCCAGGAGAGAGAUGAAGCCGUUGCUUUAGUCAAGUCUCGCGAUGCACAAAUGGAAGAGUUGCAGGAGACACUCGCAGUAUCUUCAAGUCGCAAAUUAACGAAGGAGUGUGCACGAAAGAAUAAAGCAGGUGGAAGUUCCGAGGAGAAGAAAACUAGUCCAUCGAAAUCAUCGAGCCCUCAUGACCAGAUCCAGUUCAGAGCGCCUGAGGUGCGCCCCGUAGCCGCGUCGAUAGCCGAUCAACGGUCUAAACAAAUCACUGGCCCUAAAAAAAUUGGGAAGCUGAAGUCCAAGUCCUCAAGCACUGCACCGGGUUUCUCCGCCGCUCGCCCGAUGGAGAUUGACUCAGCGUCAUCGACUGACGUGGAAAUCAUCUCAGGACCGACACCAAUUGUCUCGCAGGGGUCUAAUACGAAGCAAAAAUCUCUCCGUACUGGAUCGAACAAAACGCCUUUAGGUGUUAAUACUAUCCAGACAGUCGACUCCCCUGCAGAGAAGACCAGUCUCAAGCGUACUGCAGACACGAACGAUUCUUCCACACCAAUCACAAAGCGGCCCAAACUCUUUCUUGACUCAUCCGCUAGCUCCGUUGAGAAAGCCGCGCCUGCUGCAUCCAGCUCGCCGGUUUCAACUCCCUUGGAAUCGAGAUCUGUGACAUCUUCACCAGUCAUUGCAAAGCCUGCCUUCAACUUCAAAUUUCGAAAAAAUCCUGCGCAAGCAAGUACUUCAGUCUCCUCGGGCGGUGCGACGCCAUCGAAAGCUAUGGCUAGCUCGCCAAAUGUACGCACAUCCCAGAGCGCGACUUCAAACGAAGCCCCUUCUGUGGGAGCCGGCGACGGUGGCGCAUAUCGCAGAUCAGGUAGCGUUGCCUCAGAGACUGAGCUCGCAGCAGAAAGCACGCUUGGUGCGAAACCUCGAGCCCGACUUCUGAGACAUGGGCAAAUGAAACCCGCCGUAUCGACAUCUAGCGAGGCUACCAGCUCCAAGAAGCAUGCUGAAUUCAAAAAUUUCAACCCUGGUGAUGUCUCUGCAAAGGAGCAGCCUCCUGGGUCAUCGGCCCGCUCAACGGCAGUGAGUGAAGAGCAGCCGCAAAACGCACAAGAUGCAGCAUCUGCAAAAAGCACACAGUCUUUGCUGCGCAAAUUCAGCGGCAUAGAUAACCUUUCAACACCUCCAUCCAAUUCUACUCCAUCUCCGUCCCUUUCGACUGCCUCCGGGAGUGCAGCUGGUCGAAGCAAAGCCAAUUCCUCUCGUGACACCAUCUCCAAGGGCAUCUCACAGCCAGCAGGAGCUAAGUCUAUUCCUAAAGGCCCGAGGUCGUCGAUGGCUAUGUUACAAGUGACUCUAGAAUCUUCUCCCAAGGCACCGAAGUCGAUGACAGCGACUAGGUCAUCAGGAAAGGUACCCCAAAGGCCAACGGGGACGCCCAAUACCGGAGAUAUCAAGAAAGGCACCUAAAUCCCUCUUCGUGUUCCAUUACCUUGUAUGAUUAGCCGGGCUCUUCAAUUACCCUGUCACUGUAAAACACUCAAAUUCCCCGUAUAUUUGUCUUACUCUCGUUUAAUAUGUUUUACGAAAAGCUGGUCUCCUUUGUUGUACAUGUAGUAUGUACGCUGCUUAGAUGGACGACAAUUCAGUGGUACACAUUAUAGAAAAACAAAAAACAAAAACAAAAACAAAAAC